AUAUACCAAAUCUAAAAAAAAAUAGCAUGACAACAAACAAAACAGAAUAAACGUGGAAACAGUGGCCUCCUCAUGAAAGCUACGUAAAUUGCGUUCUAUGACACGAGAUGCGCGCGCGGCGGCGGGUUUCCGGACCCAUCUCGUACGUAAAUACCGCGGCGCUGUCACUACGCAGUGCGGGCACGCGCAGUUUACCUCGUAGGGAGGACCCAUAUAUUUUGUUUGACGCUAUUCCAGACUCAGCGGUGGAUACUUUUCUCUUUUAACCUUCAAGGAACGUAAAGGAGAAGAAUGGGACGCGGCGACUGUCCGCAUGUCGACUGUCUGAGUUUCCCCUUCGAACACAGACGUUUGUGUUUCUGCGUUGUAUUCAGGAAGAACAACUAGCUUGGAUUUUAGCAUCAAGCUAGCUUGGACGCUAACUUGUUCGUGAGGUUGCAGGCUUGUUGUGGCCCGCGACGCACCGCCCAGCUCGCAUCUUUCUUGCCUCCAACGGGAGAAAAAAUGGUGUACUUGUUAAAUCCUAUAGAGAAUCUCAGAGGUUACAUCACCAACCGCCCGCCGCUGGUCAUUUUCAUGAUCAGCGUCAGUGCAGUGGCCAUCGCCUUCCUGACUCUGGGAUAUUUCUUCAAGAUCAAGGAAAUCAAGUCUCCAGAGCUGACGGAGGACUGGAACACCUUCCUGCUGCGCUACAACGAGUUGGACUUCUGCGUCUCGGAGAACGAGACGAUAAAGCACGGCCUGAAUGAGUCCACGACGCCGGAGAGCCUGGUGGUGACCAGCGGCCAGGCUCGCUCCAGCACCCAGGCCCCCCUUCUGCUGGAGGACUCCGGCCCCAUCAACAUAUCGGUCCCCAUCAUUCUCACGCUGGACCCCCAGCGCCCGUUCGGAGGCUACUCCCGCAACAUCACCCAUCUGUACGCCACAGUGCUGGGGCAGCAAGUGGGCCUUUCAGGCCGAGAAGCCCACGAAGAAAUCAACAUCACGUUCACGCUGCCGGUGUCCUGGAGCUCGGACGAGUGCGUGCUGCACGGUCACUGUGAGCAGGUGGUGUUCAGCACCUGCAUGACCAUCACCGCCACCAGCAAUAUCUUCCCAGUCACAGUGCAGCCGCCACACUGCGUACCGGAGACGUACACCAACGCCACUUCCUGGUACAAGCUGUUCACCACAGUCCGAGACUCUGACACCAAAUACAGUCAGGAAUACAACCCCUUCUGGUGUUACAAAGGAGCAAUUGGCAAAGUGUACCACGCUCUUAACCCCAAACUCACCGUCAUUGUUCCUGAUGACGACCGCUCCCUCAUCAACCUCCACCUGAUGCACACCAGCUACUUCCUGUUUGUCAUGGUCAUCACCAUGUUCUGCUAUGCAGUCAUUAAGGGACGGCCUGGCAAGGUGCGAUCGACCAACCCCGAUUUCUGCCCCGAGAAGGUACAUGAGUCCCCAGCAGAGCUAGGUGACCUCCGCAGGUUGCUUUGUCAGAGGAAUAACAAGGCGGCGAGCUCUGCCAGGUGUUACCUGCAGCACGGACAGACGAACGGAAGGAGCCUGAGCGUACAUCCCAGCUGCCUUGGGAACACAAUAAAGGACACAUGAGCUCUGUGAACGCAUUGCUCUCGCAAUGUUGGGUUUCUCCAACCAAAGAUAAACAAGUGCCUGUAUCCGUGGUGUAAAUAUUUGUAGGAACUCCUGUGCAAACCCUUUUUCCUUUUGCCCACGUGUUUGCCCCGUGUGCCAUGGCAGGCCGUGCAGUAUGAAAAACAAAGCGGAAGGCGGGAAAACGCCCUUCUGAUCCGUCUCUGCUGAAAACGCAGCUGCAAACGAUGAAGUAAAGCUCUCGCCUUUUAUUUAUUUAGCCGCUCGAUCGAGCUCGCACCACACCUGAGGGCACGAGAUGAUUGGGAGCAGAACGCUGAAGGUGUGGAUCAUGAAGUAUUACGGGACAACACUCGGCGAGUCCCGGCGCCUCGCCGUCCGUCCCACAGGCUAAACCAUUUCCUUUUCUGGACAGUUGUGAGCUGCAGAGGGUCUCCCUGAAGUUUGUGUUGAAAUUAGCACUCUUUUAUUUUAGUUUUUUUUUCUCCCCCCCCCUCCAUCAAUGGCUCCCUCACUCCGGUCUUUCUUUCAUGUUUGAGCGCCGUUUUGUCCAGAAGAAUUUCUGUUGCCUUACCUGUGGCGGAUUUCCUCGCCGUCUGGUUUUCCAUCAAACGCCUCCGUUCUCCUUUCAUCGAGAUGAGUCCGUGGUUGGUUUCAAUUCAUCAACAGGCAACUGUUAAAUAAAAAAAAGGGGGAUGCAGCUCCACCUAGUGGCAUAAAGUGCAAACUGCAGUUAACACUCUAAUCCCUUUAACUGCAUAUCUGCUCCGAAGCUUCAAACAUAAUCUGACGAUCGUAUUUGAGUGAGGAUAGAGUUCCUGCAGCUACCUCUACAGCCCCAAAAAAGUUUUCAAUGUUUGAACUUUCUCCUCCAGAAAGGCGACAGAUUCAUAGGAACGCUUCUUAUGUCUCUUGUUUCACCUUUGCAGGCAACAUUCAUGCCGUCACGCAUCGUUCAUCUGUGACAUGAUAGCAAUAAAUACCAUGAAUGCACUCGCCUCUGGCAGCAGCUGAUGGGACGACCGGUGGUGGGCGGGGUCCCCUGAAUGACUUUACAAAAGCGCAGAGACUCUUAUGCCAGUGAAUUUGAUUCAAGGUGGCGCCGUUCAAGAAUUAAAGACGAGCUUCAAAAGUUAAAAAUGGGCGUUUAGUCAUGACUUUUGGGCAGCGGUCUGUUCCGUCGCCCCGGACAAAGCAAAAAUACUCCAAUCACUUUGUUCCUAGUGAUUUAUUUUGAAGGCAAACGUUGAGUUCAAGCUGGAAUUUGUAACGCUGGUGGCGGUUUGUGAAUCUGUGAAAAGCCCAAAGCUUCCUUCAGUCUGAUUGGAGGAAAACCAGACGCUGAGAUUACGCCUCAGCCGUCCCUUUUUUCUUUUUUCCGCACUUGUGUUGGUUCCAUAUUUAAUGCACUUGUUGAAUGUAUUUUUAUAAGCAGCAUUUUUCUUUCUUUUUUUGAAAGGCUUUACUUGAAUUGUUUUUUCUUUUUUGAGGGAGUGUUUUUUUUCACACCUGCUGUUUGAAACAUUGCAUUUCCUUUUGUGUGGAUGAUCUUGAAGCUGUGACUUGGUUAGUUUGCCUCACUGAACGCAGCUAAGUCUUCCUAAUUGUACUGCUGGUGGUGUCGGAGCACGGAUCUGCUGUCGUCUUCAUCUCCAUCACGCGUGGUCCCGGCUGGACUAUGGGAAAAGUGUGCGAGAGGCGGAUGUGGGUAUUUAAAGAUGUGAACUUCGCAUGUCUUUUGUUUUUUUUUGCCAAACGUAAAGCCCACGUCGACCCUGCCCCCUAAUCUUUGUAUAGAGUCGCAUUUCUUGAACUGCUGAUGGCCUUAACACAACCCAGCUUCACACUGUUUGAGUCUUAAUGCUAACAGAUAUGAAGACAGCCGGCAUUUCAUCAUUAAGAGGAACCAGCCCCCCCCCCAGUGAGGGCGGCAGUGGAACCAUAUCCCGCUGAGACGCCUCUAGUGUAAAGCUGACGCAUCAGUUCUCCCGGUCAUGUUAGCGGCGCUUGCAGGCGAUUAUAAAGCCACUUCUGUGCCUUCUGCACUGUCCAGCUGCAUCCUUCUCCCUGUACAUACCGUAGGUAGGACCCUAGGUUUUGAUGUGGCUCAGACGUCUUUGAAACUCUUCCCCUCCAGUGGAACUGCUGUAAAUGAAUCGAGUUUAAAUAAACUGUCUUUAAAAGUUUGA